GCUAAAAUACUCCGGUAAUCUCAACGCGACAUAACAGACUGAGCCUGUGUCCGUGUCCUCUCCUUCGAUUUACGCCCCUUUGAACGCCCUUCUCGCCGCCCUUUUACAGUGCCAGUGCCAAGUGUAGUGAGAUAUAGAGUGCCUCUGUGGAGUGUGUGGUGUCUGGUGUUUUUAUUUCCACGCACAGGAGGAUUAAAAUCGAUAUCCAAACCUCAUAGGGAUAGCAACUACAACCUCUCGUUUGAGGAAGGAGGAACCUCACUCCAACAGUUGAUCAUCAGUUGGCAACGCUGCAUCAACGAACAGAAUGAGUGAAUUAUGGGAACUCAACACAAUGGAGAGACGCUACUCCGUGCCGCCCUCCACGAUCUCAGAGCCGCGCCCGCCCCCGCCCACGCGCCCAGCGGGGUCGGCCCUGCUCACCGCCAGCGAGGACCUCCACGCCUGGUCCAUCUACCGCCAGAACCUCAACUCCGAUUUCACGGACACCGCCUUGGGCUCUCAGGACAAGGCGCCGCUCCCCUACGGAAAUUUCCAGCUGCGGGAGUCCACUGUGCACUCCAUACUCAAUAAUCCCAGAUACGGCCCCAAGAGCGAACUCGGAUCCAACAUGUUCACAUACCUCAAGUUCGGCCUCCCGCGCGUGUUCCCCCCGACCGCUCGAGGACGAGAUGGGAGCAGCGGCUACGACUCGAGUGAUGAUGGAGGAGGAGGUCGAGGAGGAGGAGGAGGUGGAGGAGGAGAUGGAUCGCCGCUAGGAAGAGGAGACAGAUACACGAGAAGCAAAAGCAAUCCGGAUUUGCUCGCCGCUCGGGACUGGCACACACCGCCGUCGACAAGAGAGGCCAGGGUCAAGAGUUCGAGUGAAGCCAAUCUACUAGCUUCCGACGGCUUUUAUAGAGACAGAAGAGCUAUUAGACCCAUUAGCAAGCUCGGCGGAUCACAGAUGUCGCUAGUUUCCCGACAAUCUCGCCGGUCCCGACAGCAUGGCGCGAUCUUCAACCAGCCCCCCGACGCCAACGGCUACCGCGACCCGCCCAUGCUCAACGACAAGCUGUUCCCCCGCGACAACCCCUGGCCGGACGAGGGCGGGAUGGGCGCGAAGGGACCCCACCUGCAGGUCCGCGGCUUGGUGUACGAGACCCGCGGGCGUGGUGGGCGGACUCACCUCCUCGACGGCAUCUCCCUAGAGGCGCGUGGAGGCGAGGUCUUAGCUGUCAUGGCGACCAACGACUCCGAGGGCUCCUGUCUCCUGGACGUCCUGGCGAACCGGCACGGGAAGUGGGGGGGGCGUCUCAGGGGGGACUUCAUCCUCAACGGACACCACGUUAAGCCGUCCAAGGUGGCGGACAGGUCGGCCUACGUGCAGCAGGACGUGAACUUCUGCCCAGACAUGAGCGUGAGACAGACGCUGCUCCUCCACUCCUUCUUCAGGUCAUCCGGCGACGUCACCAGGGUCAGGGAGGUCAAAGCCAGGAUCAACGGGCUCAUCAACGACCUUGGCCUCGAGCAAGUCCGCCACACCCGCGUCAAGGACCUGACCCUGAGUGAGCGGCGGAGGCUGAACGUGGCGUGUCACCUGCUCCUCGAGACGGAUGUGGUGCUCCUUGACCAGCCCACGCGAGGGAUGGACAUCUUCGACACCUUCUUCCUGGUCGAGUACCUGAGGCAGUGGGCGUGUCGAGGGAGGAUUGUGAUCCUGACCAUCCAGCCUCCAACGUACGAGAUAUUUACAAUGAUCUCCCGAGUGGCGCUCAUCUCAACGGGCCGCCUCAUGUACUUCGGACGUCGGAGGGAGAUGCUGCCUUAUUUUGCCUUCAUUGAGUACCCAUGCCCAGCCUACAAGAACCCGUCUGACUACUACCUUGACCUUGUGACCCUGGAUGACCUGAGUGCAGAGGCCAUGCUGGAAUCCUCCCAGAGGGUUGAGAUGCUGGCCGAGACCUUCAGGAGACGUCAGGAGGCCCUCAGCGACCCUGGCCCCCCCGGCCCUCUUCCUCCCAAAGUCCGCAAAGAGAACAUCUGUAUGCAGCUUCUUGGGUUGUGGAUCCGUGCCAUGAUCUACCAGUUCCCAUACAACAUGAUGCACUGGCUGGGCAUGACAAUGGUAGCGGGCAUCAUGUCUCUCCUUGUGGGUGCCGUGUUUUGGGACGUGCGAAGUGCCCCGACACAGCAUCAGGAAAGCGUCAAUAACAGGGCUGGAUUCCACUAUUCCAUGGCUGGCAUUGCUCUGUGGCCUGUGCUCCUCAUGGCUAUUUCGGAAGUCUGGAGAGACAAGCCAGCAGUAGCAAGGGACAUUGGAGAUGGACUGUACUCUAGGGGGAUAUAUAUCGUAACUAAAAUAUGCUACAGCUUCUUAGCAGCUGGAGGUGUAUUUUUGGCAUACAUUCUCCCGGCUUACACUCUUGCUGGAUUCCCCUCAGCUGAGAAGUUCUACAUUUAUGUUGGUUACAUGCUCCUGUACCUCUUUGCUGCUCGAUCUAUAGCCAUUGCCUCUGCCUGCCUGUUCAACACACGUCACAUGGCUGCUAUGUCUACUGGCAUUGUGCUUACAGUGGCCACAAUAGGCUCAGGCUUCACUGUACAUCCCUUGGAUAUGUCAACCUGGACUUGGCCGACAUUAUGGUGGUCUCCCGUCAGGUGGAUCCUGCAUGAAGUAAAUCGCUAUGAAUUUAGCAGCAAGAGCGAGUUCCUGUGUGACCGUAAUCCUGUUCUCCAGGAUUCUCUCUCCGUAAUCCAGAGAAAGGCUCCCUGUGGUGUUGUCACUGGUGCUCAAGCCCUAAGGUACAUGGGUCUCCCUGAAGCCUCCCUCCCCGACGUCUACUACCCUGCCGUCUUCAUAGUUGUGGCAUACCUAGUGGGUCAGGUGGUCACCAUCAUCGCCUUCAUCUUGUGCAAGAAACCCAAUCGAACGAAGAAGUAUAGGACUGAGUAGAUUUUAUGUGUUAGUUUUAGGUUGUCUUUUUUUUUUCCUGUUAGCUUUAGCUAGUUAUUUAUAAGAAAGAAAUUGUGAUUUUUUUGUAUUACUUUUGUAUGUUUUGAUUUUUUUCUGAAGAAUGAUUUCAUUCUAUGGAAAAUGCUCAUAUAUUCUUAUGCAUAUACUUACCAUGUGAUCUGAUGACAAAAUGAUUUUGAAAUGCAUUUAUAUUUUAAUGGUUUAAUGAGAAUUUAGUGUAGAUUCCACAGUUUUGAAUACAUCUUUUGUAUGGAAUUAGCAGUAUUGUUGUUACAUGUAACUUAUUAUGGAAGUAACUGAAAAUGAGAGAGAGAGAUAGAGAGAGAGAGAGAGAGAGAGAGAGAGAGAGAGAGAGAGAGAGAGAGAGAGAGAGAGAGAGAGAGAGAGAGAGAGAGAGAGAGA